AUGUCGAGGCAGCCAGACUUCCGACGGGAGGUCUGGGAGAAGGCGGCGUCGAAGGACGACUUGCGGGCGCUGUUCCUCUACUCGACCCAUUCGCCAGCUGGACCGUUUCCCACGCAGCACGACGUCUUGCAGGCCAUCUCCGCUAUCGAAGGAGCAACCGAAUACCGAACGGUGACCUUUGAUCGAGCCAUCGCCGCUGUACGCAGAGUCGUGGAGAACGACUGGGAUCUGUUGGUCCCGACAUUGUGGGAGAACACCUUGCGCGGUUGUGAAGCUGCAGCAGCACUGCUUCGCCAGGGACAGCCCAUCCUGGCUGCAGUCAAAGUGCGGCUCUCAUACGAUUCUUCCGGACCGGUGCUGACGCGCGAGGAACAGCCCAUUCGCAUGCAGGCACUCAUGGGCUUGCCGCCGCGCGAAGGAAGUCAGGGUACUACUCACCUCACAACGUUUCCAGUCACUCCGGCGGGAGAACAGGCAUUCCGUCGGUUGCACCAGACUGCCGUGGACUGCGGCCAUUACCCUGUUUUGUGUGAGCGUUGGGAGCUCUCGCGACCCGCAAGAACGAAGUCGCGACUGUCGAGGCUGUCCGAGCCAAGCCGCGAAGCGGUCUGCCAGUUGGCGGAAUACUUGAUCCACCUAGAGCCUACACCAUCGCCUGAGGAGCUGCCUACCCUCAACCAGCUCCUCGCCUACGCCGAGAUCAGCGCUCGCUACCUAGACCUACGCCAGCACCUCUCCUCCAUCGUCGACCUCUACCAACAUCAUGAGCGGUCUUUGACGUACGCCUCGCGCUGGGCCUCGAAGAUCGAGCGUACCCUUCCCUUCGUCGACUUCGCGAAAGUCACCGCCGCAAGCAGCACGGAGGCUUUGUCGCGCGUGCGUAUGUUGGUAUUGAGCAUCGACGCGAACGCGCCGCCGUUCCCCUCGGAUCUCCCUUCCGCCACCGCUCUCUUCGGCACGGACAUCCUUCUCCAGGCCGACUUGCACCGAGCGCACCAUCAGGGAGACCUCCGCCGCAUCUCGCACCGGAUGGCAAGGCGGAUUGGGACGACCAAGGAGGCGUGGGAGGCGCAGCGGGCGACAGGGAUGUUCUGA